AUGGCUCUCAUGCUCAGUUUGGUUCUGAGUCUCCUCAAGCUGGGAUCAGGGCAGUGGCAGGUGUUUGGGCCAGACAAGCCUGUCCAGGCCUUGGUGGGGGAGGACGCAGCAUUCUCCUGUUUCCUGUCUCCUAAGACCAAUGCAGAGGCCAUGGAAGUGCGGUUCUUCAGGGGCCAGUUCUCUAGCGUGGUCCACCUCUACAGGGACGGGGAGGACCAGCCAUUUAUGCAGAUGCCACAGUAUCAAGGCAGGACAAAACUGGUGAAGGAUUCUAUUGCGGAGGGGCACAUCUCUCUGAGGCUGGAAAACAUUACUGUGUUGAAUGCUGGCCUCUAUGGGUGCCGGAUUAGUUCCCAGUCUUACUACCAGAAGGCCAUCUGGGAGCUACAGGUGUCAGCACUGGGCUCAGUUCCUCUCAUUUCCAUUGUGGGAUAUGUUGAUAGAGACAUCCAGCUACUCUGUCAGUCCUCGGGCUGGUUCCCCCGGCCCACAGCGAAGUGGAAAGGUCCACAAGGACAGGAUUUGUCCACAGACUCCAGGACAAACAGAGACAUGCAUGGCCUGUUUGAUGUGGAGAUCUCUCUGACCGUCCAAGAGAACGCCGGGAGCAUAUCCUGUUCCAUGCAGCACGCUCAUCUGAGCCGAGAGGUGGAAUCCAGGGUACAGAUAGGAGAUACCUUUUUCGAGCCUGUAUCAUGGCACCUGGCUACCAAAGUACUGGGAAUACUCUGCUGUGGCCUAUUUUUUGGCAUUGUUGGACUGAAGAUUUUCUUCUCCAAAUUCCAGUGGAAAAUCCAGGCGGAACUGGACUGGAGAAGAAAGCACGGACAGGCAGAAUUGAGAGACGCCAGGAAACAUGCAGUGGAGGUGACUCUGGAUCCAGAGACGGCUCACCCGCAGCUCUGCGUUUCUGAUCUGAAAACUGUAACCCAUAGAAAAGCUCCCCAAGAGGUGCCUCACUCUGAGAAGAGAUUUACAAGGAAGAGUGUGGUGGCUUCUCAGGGUUUCCGAGCAGGGAAACAUUACUGGGAGGUGGACGUGGGACAAAACGUAGGGUGGUAUGUGGGAGUGUGCCGGGAUGACGUGGACAGGGGGAAGAACAAUGCGACUUUGUCUCCCAGCAAUGGGUAUUGGGUCCUCAGACUGACAACAGAACAUCUGUAUUUCACAUUCAAUCUCCAUUUUAUCAGCCUCCCCCCCAGCAGCCCUCCUACACAAGUAGGGGUCUUCCUGGACUGUGAGGGUGGGACCAUCUCCUUCUUCAACACAAAUGACCAGUCCCUUAUUUACACCCUGCUGACAUGUCAGUUUGAAGGCUUGUUGAGACCCUAUAUCCAGCAUGCGAUGUAUGACGAGGAAAAGGGGACUCCCAUAUUCAUAUGUCCAGUGUCCUGGGGAUGAGACAGAGAAGACGCUGCUUAAAGGGCCCCACACCACAGACCCAGACACAGCCAAGGGAGAGUGCUCCCGACAGGUGGCCCCAGCUUCCUCUCCGGAGCCUGCGCACAGAGAGUCACGCCCCCCACUCUCCUUUAGGGAGCUGAGGUUCUUCUUCCCGGAGCCCUGCAGCAGCAGCAGUCACAGCUUCCAGAUGAGGAGGGAUUGGCCUGACCCUGUGGGAGUCAGAAGCCAUGGCUGCCCUGAAGUGGGGACGGAAUAGACUCACAUUAGGUUUAGUUUGUGAAAACUCCAUGCAGCCAAGUGACCUUGAACAAGUCACAACCUCCCAGGCUUCUCAUUUGUUAGUCACGGAGAGUGAUUCCCGCCUCACAGGUGAAGAUUAAAGAGACAAUGAAUGUGAAUCAUGCUUGCAGGUUUGAGGGCACAGUGUUUGCUAAUGAUGUGUUUUUAUAUUAUACAUUUUCCCACCAUAAACUCUGUUUGCUUAUUCCACAUUAAUUUACUUUUCUCUAUACCAAAUCACCCAUGGAAUAGUUAUUGAACACCUGCUUUGUGAGGCUCAAAGAAUAAAGAGGAGGGAGGAUUUUUCACUGAUUCUAUAAGCCCAGCAUUACCUGAUACCAAAACCAGGCAAAGAAAACAGAUGAAGAGGAAGGAAAACUACAGGUCCAUAUCCCUCAUUAACACAGACACAAAAAUUCUAAAUAAAAUUUUAGCAAAUUAAACUAAACAAUAUAUUUAAAGAUGAUAUAUAACUACUCAGUGUGGUUUGUCCCACAAAUGCAGAGUUGGUUUAAUAUUUAAAUAUCAACCAGUGUAAUUCAGCACAUUAAUAAAGU